UUCAGGAGUGGCUGUGGCACGUUUGUAAAGGUUUUAUCCAAGGAGAUUGCGAUGGAGGAUGUGGCCGAUCUCAUGACUUUCACGACAGGGAAAACCAGGCAAAAACGGAAGAGGUUGGACUUAAAAGUUUGGCGAAUGAAUUGAUCAAGAACAUCGUUGCUCACCGACUGCCUCAGGUUUGCCUUUUAUACCAGAAUGGUAAAUGCACCGAUCCCGACGAAUGUCCUUUCCUUCACAUUUGCGUUAACGCAUUGACAAAUAUCUCAUGUGAAUGCGCGUUAUCACACUGCUUCACCGAUAGACGAAGCGGGAGUAUUCUGAAAAGAUAUAGUCUUAGCCCGUCUAUAUGGUUUAAAUCAGAGAGACUAAUUGAGUUCGUGCGCUGUAAUAUUAUUAUACCGAUAGAACAAGUAGCUAUACCUGCUAAAGGGUCCGACGCUCUCCUAUUGUCCCAGAAAGAAAUUUUGUCUGCUAGCGGUUGUGUAGUUCCUGAUGUACAAGAUCACACGAGAAAACUUGCAGCGCUUGCAUUAGAUGACUCAAGAGCCAGCUGUCAAAAUCCGAGUUGUAGCAUGUCCGUUUAUAGAACUGGAGUGGGGUCUCCUUUCGUUUACCAUAACAGUGUAUACAGAAGAAGAUCUUUAGGGUGUUCAUCGACCUUGUAUGGCUUAAAUAACCACCUCGAUUAUGGUAGAGAAAUAUUUCCAAACUCGAAUAAUGCUGGCCAGAAAAGGGCAGGACCUCCUCAAGCGCAUCACUGUCAACAAGAAUCACAUCUAAGCAUGCCUUCGACUGAUUCCAAGACUCUAGGUAUUUGUCAAACUUUUGCAACAAGUGACGACUUGGACAGGGCUUUGAGAGCAAGUCUAUACCCUGACUCUACAAAAAAAGUGGAUAGUUCAUAUCCGGUAUGUCACACGACACAAGUCGAGUCAACGGAGUCGGUAUUGAACGACAAAAAAUCAACUCCAGAGUUAAACGCCUCACUGGGUGAUGCACUCAUGCGUUCCACGCUAAAAAGUAAAAAGAAACAGAUAUACAAAAGAAGAAAAAAACAGACAGUGCAUUCAUCUCAAGGAUAUCAGAGGUCAGGAGCUAGCGACAAGCGAGAACAAAAACGGUACAGGAAGUAUGUUAUUUGCUUCAGUUAUUAAAGCUCAUUAAGUUUAA